GUUUAAAAAACGAAUGUGUCAAUCUGACAGUGUCAUAACGUCAUUUUUCAUCAAGAAAAGGAAAAUUUAACUUGUAAGAUAAGCGAUUCCUCCUGAUUUUUAUUUCAAAAGUAUUUUAAGUUAGGUGGACGGACCUAAACAAGUUAAUGCUCGCUGCACCUGAUCCGGAUAGAGCUCAAAAAAUGGAGGUAGACGUGUAUACCAUUCCCGAAUGUUCUCGUUUACCCCUCAUCGACGAAACAUCGGCUCUUGGGACUACGGCACCGAAAGACAGGUUGAUAUCGGUGCUGGAUCAGGUUGAGAUGCGAGUGGAGCGUCUGAGGCGAGAUACGGUGCGAAUUGAGGAGGAGCGGGACUCCUUGCUGUCCACCCUGGACAGUGUGAAGCACUCCGAGCUGCUGGCUGAGAUAUCUGAAUGUGAUAAGGACGACAUUGCCCGGUACGCGGACCGCAUCCUGGCGCGGGCUAUGACCGUGGAGGUGGCGGUGCGGACCGACCGUGACCCGCAACAAGAAGACGCUCUGUAUCAGGUGAACCUGCUAAUAGACCAGCUGGUGGUCUCGGUACACGAAGACACAGUGAUAGCGCACUCGCGCUGCCAGACCUACAUGAACGCGUGCACCUCUCAGCCCGACAGCAGCAGCGGCACCGACAGAAACUUCGAGACCGCGAUCCUGGGCUGUACCCUCGACGACCAGAAACGUAUCAAGAAACGCCUCCAAGGUCUCCUGGACUACAUCGCGAAAAUGAACGUGACCACGUGCUCGUGAGAUACGCAAACAUUACCCAGUAACUUUUUAAAUAAGCGUUUAUGCUUCGAAGUUUCAAAGUUAUCGCGAGUUCGCCUUUAGAGUGCCUAUGCACUGGGUGGGACCUAUUGUGUAACUGUUGACAGGUUGCCAUCCGGAUCUUUUCAUACAUAUCAUUUAAUCUGUGGUUCUACUCGUCGCGAGUUUUGUAUGGAGUCGACCUGUCUGUGACCGGCUGGGAAUUGGCAGAAAAGUUGACACAAUUAUAAAAAUGAGCUUUAUUAACCACAAUCAUUCAUGCAGCAACAUUUAAAUAAUUAUAAAAAGAGGAUAGGAAAAAACCUUUUUUUUUUUUCUUUAUUGUUCAACAUAGAGAAUAGAAAUAUUACGAACUUAUGCUUGGUAGCUCCCCUCGUAUCAAACAACACAGGGUUUAUGUAACCAGAUAUAAUGAAUAUUUAAUUUUGAAAUUAUAAUCCCAAACCUAUUAUUUAGGUUAUUAAAAUAUACUUUGCGUCACUGUGGUUAAUAAGGUCAGCAGCACCAUUGCAAUGCGAGGUCCAGCUGCCGUAACGUUCAACCUUUCUGAAAGUUCGUCUCCAUACGUAAUACAAGUUCUGACAUAAGUGAGAUUAGUAUUUUUUUUCAAUAAAUAAAAUUGCAAAAUCUAGCGAUCUGCCAUGACAGGUGAAACGGCGAAUGACGUCACGUCUUUGUAAACAUUAUUUUGUACACUUUGAACUUAAUAUUGGCGUAUAUCAAGUAUUAUGCGAUUUCAAACUAUCAGUUGCUCAGCUUUGUGUUAUCUAUACUAAAAACAAAAACCUUUAGCUAUGGGACAAGAAUUUACUAAGGCGGAUAGCUCUAAUUUUGUUACAACGUCACGAAGGCGGCCAUGACACCUGACGAGCGUUUUCGCGGGAAAUAUUUUUUUGAAAAUAUAAUUUACAAUUUAGAUCAACAAAACCUAUAGUUUUUUUCUCAAAAUUAGUCAUCACGCCUUUUGCGGUUGUACGUGUCAAAUCGCCAACAAUACUGUCAUUGAAUUAGUACAAUACAGUGCGCAGUUAGCCCAGUGCAUAGGUCCCCUAGGCCUCUAUACGAGAAUGUAACGUUUGUAUCGCAAGCUAAGAUUGUCAUUUUAUUAAUAAAGCAACUUAAGUCGUUUAAAAAAAAAAUUACAUCGUGUAACACAGCUUUUUAACUAAAAUUAUGAGCUUGCCGGUUUCUACAAUAAAAUUGAAUUAUUUUAAUAAAUUUUUUGUUUAUUUUGUUCCAAAUUUGAUUGUAAACUUAUUGAUGUUCUGCUUUGGAAUUUUUCGCCCAAACUGGUUAGCCUGUGAUACUUGACGAAUCACCUGACAGUGUCAAAAUCUCCAACCAUAGACUACAAAUAUAUAAUAUAAUAAGAAAUAAAAAUUUUAUGUGGUGUAGUUUUUUUAGCACUCGUUCACUUAAAAUUUUUGUGAAAUUUGCAUUGCUGUAAGCAUUUAAGUAGUUUCUUAAGGAGACCGUCUCUUUUAGAAACUACUUAAAUGCUCAGAGAUGUUUGCAAAACUUUGCGGAUGACGUCCGAACUAAAUUGUAAGUAUUGAAGCGGAUAAUGUGAUCUUCAUUUUGGUGGCCUAAGUUCUUUCGAUCAAUAUUGUACUAGAUAUGCCAUACGGAAUGUGACGUUUCUUAUACUUAUUAUUUUGUUAAUAAAUAUUAAAAUGUUAUCCUUUUCACAAUGUUCCAUGUAGAAAAGGACAGCACUACUUUCAGCCAAUUGAGUUCCGAAUUUUGUGUUCUAUCUUUUUCCUUAGUGGUGAAUCCUUUUCACAAUGGUUCCUGUAGAAAAGGACAGCACUACUUUCAGUCAAUCUAGUUGAGUUUAAGAUAUGUGUUCAAAAAAUUGGCGCCAUAUGUACUUAACAUUAUCGUUCCGUAACUAGAUGAAAGCUUCAAGAAAAAAAGUGAGACAUAACAAAAUUCUGCAUUAUGAAUAAGUGAACUGUAACUGAUCUGUGAACGCACUCCGGUUGCGAAAGCCAGAGAGAUGUGGGUAUGAAACCCAUGUCGGUUUCAAAAUUUUGGAUAUGGAUUUCUAAAAUAAAAUAUAAAUUUAAAUUUGUCUUCUAUGGUUUUAAAUCAUUAAAUAUAAUGUAAAUUAUUAGCACGUUUUAGUUUUAAAUUAUUUGAUCGUAUUUUCGGACGCUUCGCAUACACACAUUAGUUUUCUUAUGAAAAAAUUACUUAUUUAUUACGCACACUUUUUGAAGAUCUACAGCAUAUCUAGUGUUUUAUUGAUCGAAACUAUCUGUCUAUUAUAUUAAUAAUAUGGCCUUACUAAUAAUUUCCGAUAUUGAUAAGUAAGUAUGUAUAUUAUCGCAUAUACUAUUUUUAAA